AUUUCAUCACGAUGCCAACCAGGAACAAGGUAUAAAACCAAGCGGCGUAUUGUUGGUGCAUUUCAGUUUUGUCAAUCUCACCAGAGCCGCGCCGAAUCGCCCAUGAUACCGAAGGCCCUGCUCUUGACGACGAUGUUGGCAGGAAUUAGGAGCGAGCCGCAAGGGCAGGCCUACCUUCCACCAGGUGGACGUCCUGCAAGUAAUGGACAUCCUGACGAAUGGGCAGGGGACCCUGUCAACUACGAGUUCUCCUACGAGGUCCAGGACUCAGGGGCCGGGCUGGAUUUCGGUCAUCGAGAAAUGCGGAAGGACGACGAGGCUACCGGAAGCUACCACGUACUUCUGCCGGAUGGGAGAAAGCAAAUAGUCGACUACGUCGCCGACGCCGGAGGGUAUCGCCCUAUGGUUCGAUACGAAGGAACCGCGACGUAUCCUGCCUCGUCACCCGGAGGCUCCGAGGGAUACAGAUACUAAUACGGACACUAAUCCGGUUUGCACCUACGAGUAAUUCGCCCUACGACUAUCGAUUCGCACCUUUAUUCCCCCUUGCGAGGACCCGUCUUCGAAAUUUCGUCUCAAGCGUCGAGGCCGAAUUCGUAGCGAAUUCUAUUUUCUGUUAUCGCUGAAGACUUUCGUAGCUUAGAAAGAAUUGGAUCGUACUCGAAGAGUCCUUCGAAUCGACCCGACAAAUUGGAGACUCCACGAGGCCAUUCUUCUCAUCCCGUCCGUCCGUUUAAUGAACUUCGUCGAGGUCUCCUCUUACCUGAAAAGUCAAGGGAAACCGCAAGCGAGAUUGAAAAAUGUGAAAUAUAAAUUUUUGUUAUGAAUUAACCGACCCGUUCACUUAUCCGCGGAGCUGCGUCGAACUCGGAAGAGUUAUAUGAAAGUCCGCGAUUACCCCGUACACAGUUAGGACCUUAAUUGAGGUCUUUUUGCAGAUUUUAGUGCGGAGAAAACUCGCUGACCUCGAUCACGCGUCACGCAUACAUCUCUGCGGCACGUAAAUCUCAUAUUUAAUAAAUGUCAAGACUCCUACUUUUUUUGCAAAUUAAUAAGGGGCAGAUAAGUGCCGAUUUAGCGACGGAGCACGUGCGGCUUUUAAAUAAUACUCCUGCCGGGUUUGCGAGGCUUUUCCUAUCCACUCUUGGUGGAGGAGUCAAGCGCUUCGAGUGAACGGAUAUUGCUCCAAUUUCGGAGUAACGCAGUUUCGUUUUUCCGAACAAAUAGGUCGUCGUCGAGUUACUUCUCAAGACCGGUGAUAUUGCCUUCGGUCCUUGUUACGUGUAGCGGAUAUGCCGAAAAUACAAUUUCUG